AUGGACAAGUCUUGGAUUUCAAAAGAUAGGGAUUUAUUAAAAUAUCAAGUGGGGGUUGAAUCUUUCUUGAUAUUUGCCGAAGAAAAUGCUAAGAAUCCUAAUAAAAUCCCUUGCCCCUGUGCACGUUGUGGGAAUUUUAAGAAGCAUUCUGUUAAAAUAAUUAGAGGUCAUUUAUAUGAAAAAGGAUUUAGUUCGGGGUAUGUUGAUUGGAUAUGGCACGGAGAAAAGUGUCCAACUAGUGAGUCAGCACCAAAGUCUUCUUUGGGUAGUAAAUUAGUCGAAAUUCCUACAUCCGAAAAUGUUGACAUAUGUGAAGCAGCGUAUGUGAGGAGUGAAUAUAUUGAUGAUUCGGCUGAAUUUAGUAGGUUUGUCGCUGAUGCAGAACAACCAUUAUACGAGGGUAGCGACAACAACAAAUUAGAGUCGCUGUUGAAAUUACAUAAUUGGAAAUCUAGGUUUGGCAUAAGCGAUAGUGCCUUCACCGAUCUUCUUUCUUCUGUAGGGUCUUUACUGCCUAAAGACCAUGUGUUACCCGUGAAUGCGUAUGAAGCGAAAAAAACCCUAAAUGAUUUAGGCCUCGAGUAUAUUAAGUUUCACGCGUGUCCAAAUGAUUGUGUACUGUACAGGGGUUUAAAUAUUGAUGCGUCGGAGUGCCCCAAGUGCCAUCUGUCUCGUUGGAAGGUUGAAAAAGAUGGUAAACCUAGGAUUAAUGUUCCAGCCAAUGUAAUGUGCGAAUUUCAAGAUGGCCAAAUGCGUCAUCCAGCCGACUCUCCUUCUUGGAGGAAUAUUGAUUAUAGGUGGCCUGAAUUUGGUAGUGAGUCGAGAAACAUUCGCUUAGCAUUAGCUGCUGAUGGAAUAAACCCGCACACUAAUGGCCUUACCAAUAGGUACACUUGCUGGCCAGUAGUUUUAGUAACUUAUAACCUUCCUCCAUGUUUAUGCAUGAAGAGGAAGUUUAUGAUGCUAACUAUACUAGUUUCAGGUCCACAUGAACCGGGUAAUAACAUUGACGUGUAUUUGCAACCAAUGAUUGAUGAUGUGAAAAAGCUUUGGGAAGAAGGUGAACGGAAUGUAUACGAUGCGUAUACAAAGUCUUAUUUCACAUUAAGAGCUGUUCUAAUGUGGACCAUAAACGACUUUCCGGCGUAUGGAAAUUUGUCGGGCUGUCUGAAUAAAGGUUAUAUGGCGUGUCCAAUUUGUGGAGAUGACACAGUAGCUAAACAUUUAAAAUAUAGCAGAAAAAUUUGUUACCAAGGACAUCGAAGAUAUUUGCCACCACAUCAUCCCUAUAGGAGGAGUAAGGCAGCUUUUAAUGGAGAACAAGACUUUGGAUGUGCACGUCAAUCCCAUUCUGGUGAAGAAGUCUUAAGGCAGCAGGAGCAGAUUGAAUUUGCAUUUGGGAAGGAGGUGAAAAAAGCAAAAAAAGGGGAUUGUCCAUGGAAGAAGAAGUCAAUUUUCUUCGAGUUGGAGUAUUGGAAAUUUCAUCACGUACGUCAUUGUCUCGAUGUUAUGCACAUUGAAAAAAAUGUGUGUGAUAGUUUAAUCGGGACAUUGUUGAAUCUUCCAUUCAAGAGUAAAGAUAGCAUGGACUCUCGUCGUGAUAUGAUUGAGAUGGGUGUGAGGCCUGACCUGGCUCCCGAAGUAGGAGAAAAGCGAACCUACCUCCCCCAUGCCCCUUAUACUUUGUCAAGAGCUAGAAAAAAGAAAGAUGUUAGAGUCAUUAUCGCAUAUGAAACUUCCUUAUGGCCAUUCAUCGAACAUAAAAAAUUAUGGAUGUUCCCGUUUGAACGGUUCAACAAAGUGUUGAAGAGUUAUGUUCAGAACCGUUACUAUCCAGAGGGGUGUAUAGCAGAAAGCUACCUAGGAAAAGAGUCGAUUGAGUUUUGCUCAGAAUUUGUUAGGCAAAGCUGCAUGAUUGCUGGUCUUCCAAAGGACAAGGGAAAACUUUCUGGGCCAUUAUCGGGUGUAAUGGUAAAGUCUGUGGAUGAGAAAGAAAGAGACGAGGCACAUUUAUAUGUCCUGCAGAACAACUCUGAAGUGUAUCCUUAUAUCAUGAAGCAUAAGGAGUUACUAGAACAGCAGUACCAAGGCAAAAAAAAGAGUGUUCAAUGGCUAAUUGGAGAGCACAACCGUUUAUUUGCUAAUUGGUUUAAUAAAAGGGUAAGUGCUGAAAUGGUAGAGAAUCCUGAAAAUAUUUCCGAUACGAUUAGAUGGUUGGCAGGUAAACCAUCGUUUACGGUUUUAAGCUAUGAUGGUUAUUUGAUUGAUGGGGUACGAUACUUCACAAAGGACCGUGAUGAUGCAAGAGUUGAUCAGAAUAGCGGGGUUUCUUUAGUUGCCAGGACAGUACAAGUGUCCAACAGUGAGAGAGGUAUCAAAGUUGAUGAUUUAGGCUUCACUCUUGUAGAUUUCAGUCGGCUUGGUCACAAGAACGACAAGUAUGUGUCUGUUGACCACGUGAAACAAGUCUUCUAUAUUGAAGACCCUGUCGAUGCUAGGUGGUCUGUUGCAUUGAACUAUACAAAGGCAGACUAUGAAGAGUUGUACAAUGAUGAUGAUUUGGGAGAUACGACUAUUGAAAAUUCCCCAUUCAACAUAGAUGUUCCUAUGUGUGAUCAUGACGAAGAACCUGAGCCUAAUGUUAGCAAUAAAAGGAAUAGUAUAGAUCCUAUGGCUGACCAAUUUCAGGGAAAAUCAGACUUUAGAGCUCCGCUUCUCACAGGUUCGGACAAUUACAACUGGUGGAAAGGACAAAUGGAAGCUCAUCUCUCCAGAGACCCUCUCAUGCAAAGAGUUGUUGAACGAGGUCCAUAUCAAUUCCUUGAUAAAGAUGGCAAAGUUAAAGAUGUUGAUGAACUUACUACUGACGAGCUAACAAAGCUGGGUGCAAAUGGAAAAGCAAGAAGUACUCUCAUCAAUGGUCUUAGUCAAGCUGAAUAUGACAAGGUGUCAUCUCUCAAAUCUGCCAAGGAGAUAUGGGAAGCGUUGGAAGCUUAUCAUGAAGGUCCAAAGGGUCUAAGGAAAGUAAAGUUGGGACAACUAAUGAAGGAACUUGGUGCUCACUACUACACCAUAAAAGGGCUAUAG